AUAAUUUUUUUAAUUUCUGUUUUGAAAAUGCAAACCGGAAGUCUUGUCUGUGCUGGUUUUUAGCUCGAAGCUAACAUCUACGACGUGGUUGUUUUGCUGUUAAAAGCUCAUGAUUUUAAAUAUAUCGACGUUUGUUUGUUUUGUAUUUUCACCGAAGAGUUUUGGUUUCAAACUCUGGUUUUAAGGAAACAAAUUGACUUUCCGCGUGAACUCGGUCUGUGUUACCGCCUCUGUUCGCUGCCUGAUGACCCUGGCGUGUUGCCACUUCGUCCUCGAUGAAGAUGUCCCUGGCUCAACGGGUUCUCCUGUCCUGGAUCUUCGUCCUGAUCUUCCUCAUCAUGCUUGUCCUCAAGCUGGACUCCAAAAUCCACUGGAACUGGUUCCUAAUCUUCCUCCCCGUGUGGACCUUUGACACCAUCCUCAUCCUGAUGCUGAUCGUGAAGAUGGCAGGACGCUGCACGCAGAGCCUGAAGAGGAGGAUUUGGUACCUGGCGGCCCUGCUGCUGAAGCUGGCCUUCUGCCUGACGCUGUGYUCCCGCCUGGAGAAGCUCACCAACGUGUUGGUCAGUGUGGUGUGUGUCCCUCUGUGGGUGCUGCUGGGUGGAGGGCUGGUGGAAYUGGGACUCAGUGUUUUUCACUUCAGAAGGGACUGAACUCAGAAAGACCUUAUGAACAGGACAAACAAUAUUUAUAUUUAAGUCUCUAAUGCACAACUGAAGACCAGUUCUGUCUGUAACAUCAGCUGUUAGUUACUGCCUAUGAAAUGAAUGGGUUGCAGGUUUAUCCAUCCAUCUUUACCAGCUUCCUUUAGGGUUAUGGGGUGGUUCAUAAGACCGGGUACACACUGGACUGGUUUUAAGUCCAUCACAAGGCCAAAUAGAGACAAACAAGGCACUACUAUUCACGGUUUCACUCACACUAGGGCCAGUUUAAGAGUUCCCAAUUAACCCAACAUCCAUGGUUUUUGAUSUWUGGGAAACGGUAGCACCAGGUAAACUACAUUCAAAAAKGUCSSUGGCCAGGAGGCGRUCCUGUGACCUUCCUGAGAGAKGACACCACUGCUCCACUGUCCACCCAGUUGAGGGUUCAUUGGGUUAGACCUUGGUAGCAACUUCACUUUAAAUUGUAGACUUAAACACACAAGUCUGCAUGCAUGGGGGUGUCUUUAAAAAUAAAUCCAGCUUUUAYGUUUAUGGAUUCACAUCAAUGCCCUUUUACUCUUAUAAAAGAUAGUUUUGGCUUCAAUUGUGGUUUUACGUGAAGCAUUUAACUGUCAGGUUCUCACUAGAAUAAUGUGCAAAUUCCCUGUGUGCCUGAAAAUUAGUGCUAUCACUUUAUAAAACAAGCGAACACUAUUUUMAAGUAUAGUUUAUAUUCUGUACCAUUCGAGUUUUACUGUAGUUGUGAAUGAGGUAUACGCAAUCGCAAAAUAUUUAAACACCAACUCCAGUUUUGCUUUAGCUGCUGUCACAUCUGGUUAUGAUGCUGUUACCUCAUAGUCUCAAUGUUUACACUCCUAAUAUUAAAUUUUAUGAGUUUUUGCAUCGAGAUCGGGGGAGAGGAGUUUAAAAAUUCAGCKCUCUUUAAUAUCUGGACUGGAGCCUCUUUUUUUUAUUUGUUCAGAUGUCAACUUAUAAAAUAAAAUGACUAUAAAAAGCA